CUGUUUUUCUCUUUAGAUUUGGUUUUGUCUGCAAGGCUGCGAAAGCAGAAGCAGAAAGGAAAAGAAAGGAAAUACAGCAAUAAUGUGGAGAAGAGCGGUCACACUGACACAGAGCAAAGCGAGCCAAUCGUGGCGGGCCAUAGCAACAAGCAGCAGCAAAUAUGGCUCCACGUCGGCGUCAGCGGCGGCGGCCGUUGAUUCACUCUUGCUCCGCUCUCUCAAAGACCACUAUCUCGAAGUCUCCCGGAUGACUCCGCCCCCUAAAGUGAGCCCUCCUUCACCAUUUACUAUUAUCAAAGGUGCACUUGAUUCUAAUGGCCCAGUCCUCAAGCGAACCUAUGGCAAGGAGGAAAUUAGCAUCUAUGUAAUGCGGUUGGCCAAUAUUAUUCGUGGUGAAGGCGAUGACCCUGAGGAAGAGGAUGGAAUUAAUCAGUUGUUCCUUCACGUAGAUGUGUCAAAGCCUGGACAGGAAGACUCCUUACAAUUUCUAUGUGGAUUGUAUCCUGAUGCUCUUGGGAUCCACUCUGUUUCAAUGAGGCCAAAGCUUGAGACUUCAGAGGAUGUUGUUCAGUCUAAAUAUAACGGCCCCGUUUUUGAAGAUCUCGAUCAAAGGGUGAGGGAUGCACUUCAUAGUUUCAUAGAGGAACGAGGGGUAAAUGAGAGUCUCUUUCCAUUUCUACAAGCAUGGCUUUAUGUGAAGGAUCACCGGAAUCUGAUUCAUUGGUUCAAAUCAGUAGGCACAUUCAUUAAUGAGAAAAAGUCUAUUGAUGCGCAACAUUGAGUAGGUGAUUUUUAUUAAAAAAAAAAAAGGAAAAAGAGUGAUGUAUCUCUCCAAAUGCUUGACAAAUGAGUCUUUCCUGCUGGGGUAGAUGAUGAGUGGAAACUAGGUUUGUUGCCGAUUUAGUUUUGCAAAGCAAUAAGUGUGAUCUUUCCAGUCUCUUUUUCAUUUCAUUUGGAGAUAUGAUCUGUUUUAGGGUGUAAUAUAGCAUUUUGUUGGUUUAUUUAUUUUGGUCGUAAAUCUUUUUCUCCUUGUAUUUUAUCGUUUCUUUUUACAAGGUACAACUUUUUGAAAUCUUUGGUUCCAUAACGGCUAGGUACAACUAA